AUGCCUUCUGACAGCUCUCAGCCAUUAAGCCUCUGUAAGCAGCUGGCGUGGCUCCGUGCGACAAACCCAGUGACGGAGACCAGCCCCCCAUUGUUGCCCUCGUCUCCCCAGGGAAAAGAGGGACAUUACAUCACUCACGGAACAGCGAGGAAAGACAUGACCGCAGGCAAAUCAGGACUGGCACCGCGGGACAUCCCACAGCGGAGCGCGUGUGUCCAGGGAGAAACUCGGCAGCGUAAGGAAAUCCCGCGCUUCACAGUCACAAUCAGCCAGUUAAGGAGCCUGCCAUCCAGAAUGCAGCGGCGCGUCACUCACACUCACGGCUUAUUCACUUCACAGAUCUGCAGCGGCCAUUUCCAGCCCCAGCAGCAAAUUGCCCCUAGUUGA